GCCGGAGGCCCGGCUGCCGAGGCCCCUGCGGAUCCCGCUGCUGUCGGGUCCCUGCUGGGAAGAUGUUCUAUCACAUCUCCCUGGAGCACGAGAUCCUGCUGCACCCGCGCUACUUCGGCCCCAACCUGCUCAACACGGUAAAGCAGAAGCUUUUCACCGAGGUGGAGGGGACCUGCACCGGCAAGUACGGCUUUGUAAUUGCUGUCACCACCAUUGACAAUAUUGGUGCUGGUGUGAUCCAGCCAGGCCGAGGCUUUGUCCUUUAUCCGGUUAAGUACAAGGCCAUUGUUUUCCGGCCCUUUAAAGGGGAGGUCGUGGAUGCUGUCGUCACUCAAGUCAACAAGGUUGGGCUCUUCACAGAAAUUGGACCCAUGUCCUGCUUCAUCUCUCGACAUUCCAUCCCGUCAGAGAUGGAGUUUGACCCCAACUCCAACCCCCCGUGUUACAAGACAAUGGAUGAGGACAUUGUGAUUCAGCAGGAUGAUGAGAUCCGCUUGAAGAUUGUGGGGACUCGUGUGGACAAGAAUGACAUUUUUGCUAUUGGCUCUCUGAUGGACGAUUACUUGGGGCUUGUGAGCUGAGCGCCGGGGCCCCCUGCUCUGUUUGGUCCUUAUCUAGGAGAUGUGACGGUCACGCUCCUCAUGUUGUCCAGAGGCCUAGUCUGGCUGCUGUAGGGAGGCAAAGAAGGUUCAUUGUCCCCGGAAAACAUCUGGUUCUUCUUGCUGCUUAGCAGCCACCCCCUCCCCAGAUUUUCGACUGUGCAUUCUAACCAUAAAAGGUCCUUUUUCUCAUGGAA